GAGAGGCGCACCGUCGUCGGUCCAGUGUCCCAUAGCGGAGUGGCAGAAAGCGGAGGGAGCCGUGAUGGCAUGAGCAGAACGGACGAUGUUAACGGCCAACUUUCCGCGCGAGGAGAACGAAACGGAGGAUCCAGUUUGAGUCCAGAGAUUAUGCCCGGAGCUGGUGGUGCUGCUGUGGAGAAAAGUUUAACAGAAGUAGGGACACACCAGCGGGAGUAAAAACAUGGCAGAACGCAGCAGUUGCGAUGUCCUCAGCAUCCCGGUGCCCAUCCGUCGCGGCGGCUCAGAGUCCAACCUGGACGUGGUGGACAGCAUUGGAGACGAUGGAGUCGGCCUCGAUUUCAACAAAGGAGCGCUGGGCAUCGACAGCCUGCAGCAGAAGAUCCUCAAGGUGACAGAGAAGAUCAAGGUGGAGCAGACGGCUCGGGAUGAGAAUGUGGCCGAGUACCUGAAGCUGGUGAACAAUGCCGACAAGCAGCAGCAGGCUCGAAUACGUCAGGUGUUUGAAAAGAAGAACCAGAAGUCAGCUCACACCAUCGCCAGGCUGCAGAGGAAGCGGGAGCAGUACUACCGCCGUAUGAAGGACAGCGAGGCCAACGGGAAACACAGCCACAAAGAUGGUAGUAGCAAAGACUCUGGGACUCACAGCAAGGAGGGCAGCCUGAAGGACGUCAGCGCCACAGGGAGACACCCUGCUCUGGAUAAAGUGAAGACUAUAGGGCCCGGUGUGUCGCUCUCCCCACCGUUCUUCUUCAACAAAUCACGGGAGUUUGCAAACCUCAUUAGGAACAAAUUUGGCAGCGCUGAUAACAUCGCCCACCUUAAAAGCUCCAUGGAGUCAGGGUCAGGGCUACAGGCAGAAGGCGGGGCGAGAGGUCUGAGCGGGAGUGCCACAACAGUAGCCAAAGCAACAAAGUACCAGAGCGACGACGAGUGCUCUACGGGGACUUCGGCGUCCGCUGACUCUAAUGGAAACCUGGCCGGAGGCUCAGGGGCAGGGUCUGGAGGUCCAGGGAGAUCAGAGUCUAACGGGAGGCUGGGGGAGGUUCUGGACAUGGUGAGGGACAUCAGAGAAGCUCAGGCUCAGCUGGCCGAGGACAUGGAGACUCUGAGCACACAGUUCAAACGAGACUACAGCUACUUCACCCAGGUGAUACAAGAGGAGAGAUACAGGUAUGAGCGGUUGGAGGAUCAGUUAAACGACCUGACAGAGCUGCACCAGCAUGAGACCAGUAACCUGAAGCAGGAGCUGGCCAGUAUUGAGGAGAAGGUGGCAUACCAGGCCUACGAGAGGGCAAGGGACAUACAGGAGGUCCUGGAGUCGUGUCAGACUCGAGUCUCAAAGCUUGAGCUCCAGCAGCAGCAACAACAGACGGUUCAGGUAGAAAACACAGACGCCAAGGUGCUGCUGGGGAAAUGCAUCAACAUCAUGCUGGCCAUCGUCACGGUGAUACUCGUGUGUGUUUCCACGGCGGCAAAGUUCACUGCCCCUUUGCUGCGUAGCCGCCUCCACCUGGCGCUCACCUGUGUGGGCGUUUCUGUGCUAGCGCUGCUGUGGAAGAACUGGGAACAUUUACAGUGUGCUUUGGAACGAUUAGUCCUCCCUCACUGAUCGACUAGACUAAUAAACUCGGACCCCUCCCCAAAAUCCAUGACGGUGUCUGUUAUGUUUGUUACAUGUAGCCUUAAACCAGCCCCCGUCUCCUGAUGAUCUUAGGCUCCAUGGUGACUGAUUUAUGGCUCUGCAUGUCUAAAAGGGGUCCACGCAAAUCCACAAAGCCUUUUCUGAGAACGCUGGCCGCAGUGAUUCAACACAACACACGUAAGCUGAUAUCACAACUGAACAAACCUCUACAACGUGCUGUCUACUACACUGAAAUAUACAUGGCACAGCGCUGCCAUAGCAGAGUAUCACUACAGUCCAAAGUAUCAGACUAAUGAGAGAUAAAUCAGCUGGGAUCGAUCACAUGGCUGCAUUAUUAUCAGCUUUUGGACUCAUUGGAGAGUUCUGGCUGCACAACAGACACUAAAACCUAAAUAUAGAGGAGUGGGCAUGAAAACACGCUGAUUUAUCCUGUCCUUAAAGGGAAGUGUGUUAUAGCAACACCUACAAACAAACAAACAGUUGAUCCAUCUUGAAUCUGCACAGUUUGCCUCCUCUAACACCAGCCAGCUGACGCGUCCACCUGAAGGUUGAUUUGUACCGUGUUCUCUUCUGUAUUUAUGUGAUCUUUUUCUCGUCGGUGUCUCACUCAGACGGUUUUGACACUGUUGUUUUCAAUCAUUUGUUUCUGUGUGAGUGUUCAUGUGUUAUUUGCCUGCUUGUGUGCGUCUACAAUGUGUUCUAAAGAAGUGGUUUCACGUUUAGUGAAGUAUUUGCUUUAUUGAUCAGAGUUUGGUGAUUUUCUGUACAUCUUUUAAAAAGCUUUUAGGUUGGUUGCCAUAGCUUAGCAUAAAGACUGGAAACAAAGGGAAACUGUUAGCAUGACUCCAUCUGUAAAGAUCACACUUUCAGAAACUUGAAAACUCACCAAAUAAUUUGCUAUAGACAUUUUCAAAUCUGUACAAAAUGAUGUAGGGUAAAAAACAGGGAUACACAAUAUUCAAUUUUUGGUUUGAUUAUCGCAGUCCACUAUUGUUAGAUGCCACCCCUUUUAGAAAGAAAGGGACUUAUUUUUCAUUUUAGCUUUAUUCACGAACAAAGUCUGACAGUUACAUUAAUAAAAUAACCACUCUGCAUUUAUGACAGACUAAGAAACCUUUUAAAGCUAUAACAGAAAAACGAUCUGAUGUCUAAUCCAUGAUUUAAUUAUGUAUAGACUCUUUUAAGAAGUAGUUGUGCAAAUGUUGGGUCACUUUAGCUUUAUUAGCUUUAGCUUAAGCUAACACCACUAGCUACAUUGUUAGCAUUACUAUGUAAGCCAGUGUAGUUGCAUAGCUUAAGCUAAAGCAAAUGGAAAAAAGUGAGCCACUGCUUCCAUAACUACUGUUAAAAUGGUCUAGCUUCAACAAACAAAUAAUGUAGCAAAGCUGACGAAGCUUUGUUUGCUUUCCUACCUUAGUUAUGUGCUACGUUAUCUACAUAGCUUAUGUAUCUAACGUUGCUUUUUUUAGCUUUAGAUUUAGCUACAUUAGUUGCGUAGAUACAUAACUUACGUGGCUUAUGUAGCUAAUGUACCUUUGUUAGCUUUAGAUUUAGCUAAUUUAGUUAUGUAUGUUAAAUUCUAUAGCUACGUUACUUAUGUCGCUUACAUGACUCCAUAUGCUUUAGAUAUAGCCAGUGUAGUUAUGUAGCUAUGUUAGCUAUGUAGCUUACAUAGCUAACAUAGCUUCAUUAAUAUAGCUAUGUUAGCUAUGUGUCUAAGUUACCCAUGUAGCUAACGUAGCUUUGUUAAUUUUAUCCUUGAGCUAGCUUUGAGUGUUUUCAGAGAAUAGAAGCUUUUUCCUGUCAGCAGACUGUUUGUUUGGCUUUAUUAAAUGUUUAGUAAUCAGGUUUUACAAGUCAGGUUUUUUGCUUUUAAUUUACGGUAUCCUAACCCUUAUCCUUCCUGAAGUUUUCUCGAUUUUAUUUUGAAAGCUUCAGUGUGUAUUUCUGUUCUUGCAGAGGCGGAGUCUCACUGUAGUAGUCUGCAGGGAUCUGGCAUCUGCAGCCAGACUGUUUAAGCUAAAACUCUCUGAAUUCAUAUUUACAGCAGAUGUAUCAGUUUUUAAUAUUGACAGAGACUUUCAUAUCUGCCAAGACCAAUAGUUAACUUCCACACCUCACCUGUGAGGAGUUUUUAGGAUUUGAAACAGAUUUGAUCCCCUUUUGAAGUAACAAGGCUGACUGUUUAGCCUUGUUUCCAGUCUUUGUGCUGAGCUAAAUGGUUGUAACUUUUUAUGUAUUCUAAAAGUGCAGAAAAUCAUCAAUCUUCUUUUCUAACUCUCAACUAGAAAGCUUGUGAGCAUUUUCUCCAAAAUGGGCAUCAAGAAGCUUUGAAACUGCCUCCUGUCUUGUUGAUCUGCUUUAUCUGUUUCAUGUUUUUGCUUCUCGUUGCUAUUAGAGAAAAAAACAUUUUGUCUGUGCGUUGACGUGCUUUACUGGGUUCCAAAGACUGCAGCGUUAGCAUGAAGCAGCUAGCAUGUAAACUGUGAGGAAAGUGAUUAGAGAAUCUUGAUUUUUAUUGAACUGCCUUUUCAGCGAGGUGGACAGAACAAAUUAAGAGGUGUGAGUGAAGCCUUUGAUUUUGUGCUGCAUUCAGAUCUUGUGGGAAUAACAAACACCGCUGAAUGCUCACAGUGCUGACUUGAAAUCUGUUUAAACCUGUUUUAGAUCAUUACUGCUGCUACGUUUAAUUUCCUCACAACAAUUCCUUUCAGCCUUCUCAUUUCUGACUCAAACAGUGACUCGCUGUAGAUCAAACUAGCACAAGGAGUCUUGCCCUUUCAUCACAUUAAAGAUUGUGAAUUUAAUGAAGAUUGUUGCUUUUAAGGGUUGUUAAAGUUGAAGUUGCACAAAAACACUUAAUUGUCACUAAUCUUGAACUUAUUUGACCUGUUCUCUGGUGUCCCAGUGUUAAAGGUUUUCAGAAUUUUAAAUAUUUUGACCCAGUGUUUUUUAAACACAUUUUUUUUGUUAUUUUACUGAACAUUAGUAUUUAAAAGUGCAGAGGCUUUUAACUAAUAUUUUCCUUGUUUUUUUCUUAAUAACAGAUGAGUAGAAUGUUGUGUUAACCUUGACAUGUUUCAGCUGCUAAGUUCCUACAGUCUUCCUCAGAAGAGUCAUGUGAUGUUUCUGUGCGUGUCUAAUCAGCUGAUUUUGUGCAGGUUUGGUCAUCCUGUCUUGACUGACAAGAGAGGAUGCCCGCUGCUGUCUGCCAGCUACUUCCAGCUUCUUAGGUGUGGGGCAACAUAGAAGCCCCCUCGACCCUGUUCAUAGUCCUGGUCUGAUUCUGAAUCAUGAUGGCUUCCCUGAUCCAUCAGUGGUGCUUGUUGCUCUGUGUCAUUUUCCUAGUCUGAGCAGGGACAAGGGGGCUUUUAUGUUGCCCCACACCUGGGAUGCUGCCCU